AUGACCUCAUAUGAUCUUCAGAUGAAUUCGGAUGGCUCAGUGCAGCUUCAAAAUGAAAAUUUGAAAAACAUCGAUGUCGACUUCCUCUACCACUUUGGAAUUGACAACAAAACGACCAACUUAGAGAAAGCUUUCGGAGAUGUCAAUUUUGUCGUCAUGGGCGGAUCUGAGGGGAGAAUGGAAAGUUUUGCCAAGGCUCUUUAUAAUCAUUUAAAAGAUAAACUACCGGACCUGGAUCCCCAAUGCGCCCAAAACGAUCUCGCCAAGAAAGGAGGUCGUUACGUCAUGUUCAAAAUCGCCAACACGCUUAUUCUCAACCAUGGAAUGGGCUUCGGCUCACUCUCGAUUGCUCUUCACGAAGUUCUCAAACUCCUUUUCUAUGCAAAAGCAAAGAAUCUCACUUUCAUCCGAAUGGGAACUUGCGGAGGCGUUGGACAAGAAGCAGGGACGAUUUGCAUCACGAAAACCGGCUACACUCAACUUAUCGAGCCUUACUUUCCAUAUGCUGCUUGUGGAAAAGUGAUCAAGCUUCCUUCAACAGCAUGUGACGAGACGAUCAAAAACUUCUCAGAACAUGUCGACAGAGCAGGAUUAACAUAUGCGAUUGGAAAUACUGUUUCAACGGAUGAUUUUUAUGAAGGACAAGGAAGAACAGACGGAGCAUUUUGCCACUACACUUCUGAAGAAAAACUCCAGUGGCUGCGAGAGCUCUCAUCGGUCCACAACGUCAUCAACUUUGAAAUGGAAGCUUGCCUCUUCAUCGCGUCGUGCAACCGCGCCAAGGUUAAAAGUUUAUGUGCAUGUGCCGCAAUGUUGAAUAGACUCAAUGGUGAUCAAAUCACGAGUCCGAAAGCGGAUAUGGUGAAAUAUGUUGAAGAUCUGAUAAAUGUUUGUAUUAGCUUUGUGACUGAACCGUUGCUUUCGAAAAAGUAA